UUUGAUUUCAAAAUGGCGGACGACUUGCCCACUGAGUACGAUGCAAUCAUACUUGGAACAGGUCUUCCUGAGUCUGUCAUUGCAGCAGCCCUGGCAAGAGUUGGGAAGUCAGUCCUGCAUCUCGAUAGAAAUGAAUACUACUCAAGUGACUGGGCAACAUUUACUUUUGAUGGUMUUUUGGAGUGGAUUAAAACAAAUGAAUUAAAUGAGGUCCCACAAAGUGAAGCUACACCAGAUAUAACAGACUCAACAAGUAAAGAUAAUGAAAACGUUUUUCCUUUACCUWUGACAUCUGAUAUGGUUAGGAAUAUUGUAACAAAAUCAUACUUUAGGACAGAAAGAAAAGAAAUUGAAUCAGUCCCUGAAAGAUCAAUUCAAGAAGGAGAAGAUGAAACCAAAGAUKAUUCUAUGGAUGUCAAAGAGACACAAAAUAAUGAUCCACAAGAACAGGAUAGCYCCACAUGCAAUGAUUUGGAAAGUGGUAUUUCAGAAGAAAAUGCUGAUGAAUCAAGUAGCUUUUCAGCUCCUAAACCUAAUGACUCCUCAAAAGCCAUGUCUGAAGCAGGUCAAGAAGAUGCAAAAAUAGCAACAACCGAAUCAGCYGCAUCAGAGGGAGAAACAGCAGCRGCAUCUGCAGUAACAGCAGAGACCWUGCCAAUGCCAACUGCCAAAAAAAUCACAAAUUCUAAGCCAGCAGUUAAUAAAGACAUGACUUAUCAGGAYUUUGAGAAAUACUUCAGGCAAUUCAACAUUGACAUYRCACCAAARAUGCUGUUUUCACGAGGYCCUCUUGUAGARGCUAUAAUUAGUGCAAACAUCAGUCACUAUGCAGAGUUUAAGAUGGUCAAUAGAAUACUUACUUACCUGAAUGGUAAAAUUGAAGAUGUACCUUGCUCAAGAUCAGAUGUAUUCAGCAGCAAACUGAUAUCUGCUAUUGAGAAAAGAACUUUAAUGAAACUCUUGACAUUCUGCAUUGAUUUUGAAARUCAUGAAGAUGAAUACAAAGAAUAUGUUGAUAAACCUUUUAUUAGUUUCUUGCAAUCAAGACGGCUAUCACCGAAUCUGCAGCACUUUGUCUUGCACUCCAUUGCUAUGCUGUCUCAAGAUGCUGACACUCUUACAGGUCUCAAGACAACUCRUUCAUUUUUACACUCCCUUGGUCGCUAUGGUAACACACCAUUCAUAUGGCCUCUUUAUGGUAUUGGUGAAUUGCCGCAAGCCUUUUGUCGCAUGUGUGCAGUAUUUGGAGGUUUGUACUGUUUAAGGAGAAGURCAGAAUCAAUAACAGUGGAUGCUASUACAAAUGCUUGCAUAGGAAUAGCAUCAGAGGGACAGUUUCUUAAAUGCAAGUGGCUUAUUAUUGGAAAUUCAUAUUUACCAAUCAAAUGGAGUGGUGGAACUACUAAUUAUGUGUCAAGAGCUGUUUUUAUUACUGAYAAAUCUCUUAAAGCAUCAGUUCAAGGAGCUGUAACUCUUAUGUCAAUGCCAAGGACCAGCGAACAAGGUAGUCCAAUCACAGUGGUAGAGCUUGACAAGACAUCAGCUGCUUGUCCUAGUGGACUUAAUGUUGUUCACAUGGUAACAGACCAYUGUGUUUCUGCUGAAGAGGAUUUGAAAUCUACAGCCGAAGAACUUUUAUAUUUCCCUCAGACUGAUGAUGAUAGAGARAGUUCAAAACCAGUUGUGUUGUGGUCAUUGUAUUUUAAUCAUGCUGCCUCCCAUGAGAAUGACAAUACUGCGUCAACCUUGCCAGGCAAUGUAUAUUGCACAGUAUUACCAGGAUCWACCCUUGGUUUCAGCCAUGCAAUGAACCAGGCUAAAGAAAUAUUCAGAAGUAUUUGUGGAGAUGAYGAGGAGUUUCUYCCUGCUAUACCAAAUCCAGAAGAUAUCAUUAUGGAUGAUGCUCCUGCAGAAGAUGAAGGAAAUCAUGCUGGUCUAGUUGGUGGAUCAGGACAUGACAGUGACAGCAACCCACCCAACCCUCAAUCUGAAGAAGAGGCUGUUGCUGAUAAUGAAGGAGAUGGUAGUAGUAAUUAAUUAAAUUAUUCAUAUUUUGUGUGGGUAAGGUGCUGGCUAAAAUGUACACAGUUUAGUGUUCUUCACAGUACAUUUUAUGUAUGGGUUUUGUAAGGAUACAUGGAGAGAUUGAGGCUGGAAUAGGAURUAGAGAAGCAAAGUCUCUACAGUGUAGAUUUGUUGGUCAUUAUUCACUAUGUCACUGAUAUUAGAUGAAGAACUUUUUUUAAAUCUUUUUUUUUUUCAAAAUUGAUAUUUUAAUAUACAACAGAAUAGCAUGAUAGAUUUAUUACACCCAAAAUAUUAUACAGUCAGUUGUAAAGACAUAAAGACAACAAYGUCAUUUGCAUAAUAAYUUWUUUACAUYAGCAAAAUAUGCUAUCRAAUGCUUGUGGCAUAUUUUAAGUAAAUAAUCUAUAAAUAUAUAUAAAAAAUCAAUAAAUAAAUUAAAAGCACUUGGAAUGCCUGUGAAAAUUUACCAAUAAAUUGAUUUGCUCAAA